GCAAGUACUGUCUUUGGUGCUGUGCACAGUGCAGUAUAUAACAUACCAUAUAGAUUUUGAUUCUUCCAGAUCCUAAGGUAUAGUCCCAAUAGGCCCUGUGCAGGCACUAAAACUUAGAACACUUGACUGUGUUGCUUCAAGAAUAUAUAUUACUGGGGCUCUGUCUUCUGGGAUUUCAGGCAAUCAUAAGAUCCACGUAGCAAGGAUUUGAAUGCAAGGUAAGAAUCACCGCGUGAUCUUCCAGCAGUAAACUUUAGGAGUCAGAUGCUUACCCAACCUGACCUCAAUUAAAUCAGCUGGAUGGGAGCUAAAUGUAGUACUAAAAAGUGGCUGAACAAAAUGAGAGAAAUCUGUUGAAAAUCCCAGCAUGGAGUUGGUUAUGUAUGAAGUGGAAUAUUUCAAGUAUGAAUGUGUGUAUGUGUUUGUGCAUGUGCUGAAGAAAGUAAGGUUUGCAGUGGAGACACAGGAGAGCUUUGUGUACAGCACUAACUCUGACACAGCUCAGCCUGUUCUCCGUCACUCUGUUUCACUUCUGGCUGUGCAGGAACAUGCAGUGGCUCUUCAUCCUCACUGUCCUUGUCAUCACCUACAUGCAACAGUUUUUUUGUAGGGCACAAGGUAACAGUCAACUGCAAGUGAAGUCUGGGGAAAAGUCUGAAGAAGCCGAUGAAGUACAUCAGCGUAAAGAAUUUUGUCACUGGCCAUGCAGAUGUCCACCCAAGCCAACCUGCACCCUUGGCGUGAGCUUGGUAAAGGAUGGAUGUGGCUGCUGUCAGAUCUGUGCCAAGCAGUCAGGAGAGAUAUGUAAUGAAGCAGAUAUCUGUGACCCUCACAAAGGGUUAUAUUGCGACUACUCUGCAGACAGACCUAGGUAUGAAACAGGAGUAUGUGCAUAUAUGAUAGCUGUAGGAUGCGAGCUCAAUGGAGUGCAUUAUCCUAAUGGGCAAGCUUUCCAACCUUCCCCUCUUUAUAAGUGUCUGUGUGUCAGUGGUGCAAUUGGAUGCACCCCUGUAUUCACUCCCAAAUCAGCUGUAAGUCCAUGCACCACAGUCAAAGGGAAAAAAAAGUUUGGACCUUCCACCCGUGGCCCUGGACAACAGAAGCAGCUACAAUCAACAGGUUACAGAUUAAUGCCAGCUUACAGGAGUCUACCACUUGUUUUAAAGAAGAAGUGCUUAAUACAGGCAACUCCUUGGACCCCUUGUUCUAAAACCUGUGGUAUAGGCAUCUCCAAUAGAGUGACCAAUGAAAACAGUAAAUGUGAAAUGAGAAAAGAAGAGAGGCUGUGUUUCAUUCAACCUUGUCAGACCAAUAUACUGAAAACUGUAAAGAUUCCAAGAGGAGAAACCUGUCAACCAACAUUCCAGCUUUCCAAAGCAGAGAAGCUAGCCUUUUCUGGAUGCUCAAGCACACAAAGCUACAAACUUACUUUCUGUGGUGUGUGCCUGGACAAGAGAUGUUGCAUACCUAACAAGUCCAAGAUGAUCACUGUACAGUUUGAUUGCCCUAAUGAAGGUUCCUUUAUGUGGAAGAUGAUGUGGAUCACAUCUUGUGUUUGUCAGAGGAUGUGCAGUGAUCCAGGAGAUAUAUUUUCUGAACUCAAGCUUUUAUAGUAAGUUACACAUAGCACCAUAUUGUGAAGUUGGAAGCACAGUCACAGCUUGGAGAGUUAGCUAAAGGGGCAACCUUUCUACUAAAACUAACUUUUGAACUGUUCGUCAUUCUUUUGCUCAGUGUUAUUUGGAAACAUAUACGUAAAGCCAGGCAUUAAAAAGACUUAAAUGUAUCCAACACUGAAA